ACGGCCAUUGUUGUGUUUUGGUAAAUUCUCACGUGCAGUGAAGCUUUUGUCUUUUUUUUUCGGUCAAACGACAACAAAUAUUGUAUAUCUGGAAGAAGGCAGUAUUCGGCUGUUUGAGGGCAACGCUGUCUUCAAUUGAAUUUAUCCUGAAUCAAUGCUUGCCGGCUAAUUUUAGGACGUACUUUAUGAAAGCAAGAAGAUAACUUAUUAGAUGGCUGAAUCCGAGCAACUUGACAUGGACAAAAUGGAUGCAGUUUAUAAAAAGUGGGAAGCUCGUAGUUCUGGUCCUACUAGUAGUGGUAACUAUAGAGUUGGUGCUUCAAAUGACACACAGCAAACAGCAUGGCAACGGGAUAACUUACAAGCACCAAUCCGACAGCCAUCAAAAUACAGAGCAAGGAAACGUAAACCUAAGCAAGAGGAUUACAGCUUCCAGCCAUUAACAGAGAUUAGAUUUCAUGUACCUGCUGCAGUGGUUCCUUCAAUAUAUAAAAGAAGGCGGCCAUUUAUGGGAGAAGCUUGUAACAGAUGUUGCAGAGAGAGCAAGAAACUGUAUGAGGAAAUGAUGCCUUCAUGGGGAAUGCGCAAUGUUCUAAGCAUGGAUCGUUCCAGAAAGCAGAAUUUAUUGAAAAGGAGUUUUUGUCACAUAGUCUUCAUGUGGGAGCGUGACAUCAGCCAUCAGUAUCCUAGCGUUAAGAAAAACGUCCAAGAGUCAGCACGAGUGAAGACCUGUAGUCUGACUCCAGCUUUACAAGAACCAGCUUCAUCUGCUCAGGACAUGAAAACUGCUGAGAAGGAAAGACGAAAGAAGAUUGAUGCACUUGAGAAAGAAGCAGUGAAUAUCCUUAAUGGGAUGGCUGCAGUAGUGUACAGGAAGUUUGUCAGAUUUACAGCAUGGUUUCUGUUCAAAGUGUUUGGAAGAUUGUUGUCCAGUGUACAGAUUCACAAAGGACAAAUUGACAUAUUGAGGGAAGCUUCUCAGGAUGAAAAACCUCUUGUGUUCUUACCACUUCACAAAAGCCACAUGGACUAUCUCCUACUCACCUUUGUACUUGUUACUUGUGAUAUUAAGGUUCCACAUGUAGCAGCAGGAGACAACUUGAGGAUUCCAUUUUUCAGCUGGAUUCUAAGACACCUUGGUGGAUUUUUCAUUAAGCGAAAGUUGGAUCAUUCCAGUGGAAAAGAUGAUUUGUACAAGUGCAUUUUACAGGAGUAUGUUGAACAGCUUCUGCAGAAUGGGCAAUACCUUGAGUUUUAUAUAGAGGGAAGUCGAUCAAGAACUGGAAAAGCCAUGGUUCCCAAAUCUGGUCUACUUUCUCUGGUUGUAAAUUCAGUUACUGAAGGUACAGUACCAGAUGUGAAUAUUGUGCCAGUUAACAUCUCUUAUGAGAAGGUUGUUGAUUCAGGUUACACCAGGGAACUUUUGGGUGAACAGAAGAGACCUGAGUCAUUCUGGAACACAAUGAAGAGUAUUUGGCGUGUCCUUAGAACCAGAUAUGGCAAUGUGAGGCUUGAUUUUGGGCAGCCAUUUUCUCUCCAGGAGUUCUCGCGAGCCAUGGACCUAUCACAUCCCAUGAAGGAUUUUGCCGACAACUUAGUUUCCAAGGCAACUGUUACCUCCACGCCCAGGUCCUCUCUUCUACGAAACAACUCUGAUGUCUCAUUGGAAGACGUAGGCGAUGACAAAUGCUUUACCCUCACAAAGGCUCUUGGGUAUCAUGUCAUUUAUGACGCUGUAAACUGUUGUGCAGUGAUGAGCACCAACAUGGUUGCCUUCCUUCUGUUAAACAGUCACAGAAAGGGUACAACAUUUGAAGACCUGUGUACAUCCUUCGAAUGGCUGCAAGGAGAAAUCACUUCUCAUGGAAGAGAUGUUGGUUUCACUGGGAAGACCGCUGCCGUUAUUCGUCAUGCCUUACGACUGCUAGAAGAUGACGUCGCAGUAACUGAAUCACAGAAAGAUUCCGAGAAUGCUGUCCAGGUUCAUGUUCAACCCAAGCUUGUUUUGCCGCACGUCCUUAACCUGGUAUUCUACAGUAACCAGAUUGUUUCGGUUUUUGCGCUUGAUGCGGUUCUAGCUUGCGGAAUUAUCGCCGCCGCAGAAGACAGUGAAUCGUACGAUACAGAUGACAUUGAAGGACAGAAGAUAGUCUCACAAUCGUCGAUACUCGAGAAAGCAAAACAUUUGUGCGAGAUUCUUCAGCGAGAGUUCAUAUUUGUUCGGCCAUGUGUGUCAUUGGAAUCUGCUUUGUCAGAAAGACUGGAAAAAUUCACAGCGAGUGAGACUUUAAAGAUUAUGGCGACCGAGACCAGCACUGUCGGUGCUCGAGGCAGUCAGUGGGGUUGGGACGAUGAAGACGAAGACAUGGGUGGGCUUGAUGCCCCGGAAAUCGAGUACAAGCUUACGACUUACGAAGAACAACUGAAGAGACUGCAAUUUUUGAAGUCAGUGGUUGCCCCCCUGGUGGAAUCGUACUGGGUGUCAGCCUGCGGUUUGCUGUGGCUCAGAAACCAAAGGUUUUCAGAUACCGAGUUUCUGUCUGCUCUUCACACCUGCGCAAAAGAACGGGUCCAAAAGGAAGUGACGUUGUUUCCUGAGAGUUUCUCAUUAGAGCCAUUCCGCAACGCGGUGCGCGUCUUCAGGGACUGGAAAGUUAUCCAAGUCGACGCCGAGGGCGGGUUGACACUCUGUGACGCUUACAACAACGAAGAUGCUGUGUUUGACGUGAUUGAGAAGAUCAGUCAGUUUAAGCUUUAACUGUAAAGAAAAAACCUCGAUAUUUGAAGCUCGAUUUAAUAAAUUCCUUCAGAAUGA